CUCUUUCACUCAAUUUUUUUUCUCAAACCUUAACUACUUUACCUUACUUACUACUACUAUUCAUUAUUAUUCAUUUUUAAUUUUUUUUAUACUUAAUAUAAUUAAAAAAAAAAAUUAAAAUGGUGAUCAUUUUCAUCUCUUUGAUCACAUUAGUAACAAUAUUCAUUUUUCAUUUAUUUUUCAAAUUUUCGGUUUCAGCCAAACUCCCCUUACCUCCGGGUUCAUUAGGAUGGCCAUACAUAGGCGAAACAUUUCAACUCUAUUCAGAAAACCCAAAUGUUUUCUUUGCUUCAAAGGAGAAAAAGUAUGGUUCCGUAUUCAAAAGUCACAUAUUGGGUUGUCCAUGUGUGAUGAUGUCUAGUCCAGAAGCUGCUAAAUUUGUAUUGGUUACAAAAUCAAAUUUAUUUAAACCAACAUUUCCAGCAAGUAAAGAAAGGAUGUUAGGCAAAGAAGCAAUAUUCUUUAAUCAAGGUGAUUAUCAUGCUAAGCUUAGAAGAUUAGUUCUUCGUGCUUUCAUGCCUGAUGCUAUUAGAAACUUUGUUUCUGAUAUUGACUCCAUUGCUUCUAUUACUCUCAACUCUCUUCAAGGUUCCUUAUUCAAUACUUUCCAAGAAAUGAAAACUUAUACAUUCAAUGUGGCUCUGUUGUCAAUAUUUGGAAAGGAUGAAGUGAAGUACAGAGAAGAUCUGAAGCGGUGUUAUUACAUAUUAGAAAAAGGAUAUAACUCAAUGCCUAUCAAUUUGCCAGGAACACUUUUCAAUAAAUCAAUGAAAGCAAGAAAAGAGUUGGCCCAGAUCCUGGCCCAAAUUAUUUCUACUAGAAGAGAAAUGAAAAAGGACCACCAAGAUUUACUAGCAUCCUUCAUGGGUGACAAAGAAUCCCUCACAGACCAACAGAUUGCUGACAACGUUAUUGGUGUCAUUUUUGCUGCUAGAGAUACUACUGCUAGUGUCCUUACUUGGAUUAUUAAGUACCUUGCUGACAACCCUUCGGUUCUCCAAACAGUUAGGGAAGAGCAAGAAUCAAUAAUUAAAGGAAAACAAGAAAGUGGAGAAGAAAUGGGAUUGACUUGGGCAGAUACAAAGAAAAUGCCUUAUACAGUAAGGGUAAUUCAAGAGACACUUAGAGUUGCCUCCAUUUUAUCCUUCACUUUUAGAGAAGCUGUCGAAGAUGUUGAGUUUGAAGGGUACCUAAUUCCCAAGGGAUGGAAAGUGUUACCAUUAUUCAGGAAUAUUCACCACAAUCCUGAUAUUUUUCCUGAGCCUGAAAAGUUUGACCCCUCUAGAUUUGAGGUGGCACCAAAACCCAAUACAUUUUUGCCAUUUGGAAAUGGGAUCCAUGCAUGUCCUGGCAAUGAACUGGCAAAACUAGAGAUUCUUGUUCUUUUACAUCACCUUACCACAAAUUACAGGUGGUCUAUCAUUGGCCCACAAAACGAGAUACAGUAUGGCCCCUUUGCACUUCCCCAGAAUGGACUUCCCAUUAAACUAUCUCUCAAAAGUCAAGACUAAUUAAAUAGUCCAAAAUUGGGAUUUUAUUAUUAUAGAGGCAGCGAUCAACUCACAAGUAUAGCAAAAUUAGAUGAUGCUGGAUCUUUGAAGAGGACAACAAACCUUUUCUAAACAUGAAAGGGAUGGAGCUAGGAAGUUAGAUAACAAAUUUGAAAAAAAAAAAAUAUUAUAAUAAAGAAUUAUAUAAGUUCUUUCGGUUCGAGUUUACAAGUACCUUUCCGUCUUAUUUAUUUUGUUUCUAGCUAGUAGGAAUAGUCAGUCAGAAAAUAUAAUAACAGAUUCAAAAUAAAAGAGACGAGAAAUUACAAAAGAAACCCUUCUAAGAAUAAACCCUUCUAAGAAUAGAAGUAGUGUGGGAAUAAGGAAAGAGGAGCAACAGCAAUUGUACAAAAGGAUCUCCUCACAACAACAAAUUUUGCAAGGAACUAGCUAGUAGUGUAUUUUGUAAGAAUAUGUUACAAAUUUAUUGUGAUUUUUUAUUUGUAUUUUUAU